AUGUCUCUCCAGCUGCUUAUUAGCGUCAUCGCCAUAGCUGCCCCUAUCGUUCGGGCUGGGCCUUGCGACCUGUACUCUUCUGGCCAAACUCCUUGUGUGGCUGCCCACAGCACUACUCGAGCACUCUACUCCAAUUACGCUGGCCCUCUCUACCAAGUUCAGCGGCACGGUAACGGAAAGACACAUGAUAUCGAUCCUGUCGCAAAUGGGGGCAUCGCCAACUCCACUGACCAAGACUCCUUCUGCGAUGGAGAUGAAUGCGUCAUCACGAUCAUUUACGACCAGUCUGGCCAUAGCAAUCACCUCAGUCAUGCACCUCCAGGUGGCAAUGGUUAUGGGGACGGCGGAGACGGCUAUGACCUCCAAGCCAAUGCGACAGCUGCACCUAUAAAGAUCCAAGGUCAAAAAGUGUAUGGCGUAUACAUCGCGCCGGGCAUGGGCUAUCGCAACGACCAAACGAAUGGUGUGGCCACUGGAGAUCAACCCGAGGGCAUGUACGCAGUCCUCGAUGGCACACACUACAACGAUGGUUGUUGUUUCGAUUACGGCAACGCCGAGACUAGCAAUGACGAUACCGGUAAUGGCCAUAUGGAAGCCAUCUACUUCGGCACCAGCACAGGCUGGGGCUCUGGUGCAGGUAGUGGACCAUGGAUCAUGGCAGACCUUGAAAAUGGUGUCUUCUCGGGGCAAGAAAUUGCACAGUAUCAGACUGACCCUUCAAUUGACUCUCGGUUUGUGACCGCCAUUGUCAAGGGCGAAGCAAACCACUGGGCGUUGCGUGGCGGUGACCCAACAUCCGGGUCUCUUUCGACGUACUAUAGUGGUCCCAGGUCGGCGGAUGGCUACAACCCGAUGAGCAAAGAAGGUGCUAUCAUUCUUGGGAUUGGUGGUGAUAACAGCCUGGGCGCUGAGGGGACGUUCUACGAAGGAGUGAUGACUUCUGGAUACCCGACUGACGAGACUGAGAAUGCAGUGCAGGCUGACAUCAAAGGAGCAGAAUAUUCUGUCUAA